GUUUUAUUUCUACCCCUUCCUCUUCGGUGAGCGAACUACUCAUCAGUAGAGAAUUUGGGGGCGAUUAGGACCGCGGAGUAGAGUAGUCGCCAGCGCCAAACCCUCUCCCUGAUCUUCCGAUCUUGUUCUGCUUUAUUCAUCUAUAUCUCCGGUGCUGUGGAUCGGUACUGCACGAAUGGCUCGUCUUUACGUUGGUAAUCUAGAGCCCCGAACCACUGCACGGGAACUUGAAGACGAAUUUCGUGUAUUUGGGCCUCUACGAAGCGUUUGGGUUGCUAGAAAACCACCAGGCUUUGCUUUCAUUGAUUUUGAUGAUAAGAGAGAUGCUCAAGAUGCAAUCCGUGAUCUGGAUGGCAAAAAUGGAUGGAGAGUAGAAUUGUCCCAUAACUCAAGCAGCCGUGGUCGUGACCAUCAUGGAGCAUCAGAUAUGAAGUGCUAUGAGUGUGGAGAGACAGGUCAUUUUGCUCGUGAGUGUCGUCUUCGAAUUGGUUCUGGAGGAUUAGGCAGUGGAAGACGUUGGAGUCGGAGUCGAAGUCGAAGUCGCAGCAGAAGUCCUAGAUACCGCCGAAGUCCUAGUUAUGGCCGAAGGAGCUAUAGUCCUCAUGACCGCUCUCCAAGACCACGCAGUCCUUCACCUCCUCGCCGAAGCAGUCACAGCAAGUCUCCUCCUUAUGACAAUCAGCGUUCUGAAUCACCGCAUACUAAUGGAUAUCAACGCCGCAGCAAGAGCUGAGUUAUGUCCACUUGAUCAGGAGUCUCUUUGUGAACUUUAUAGGUCAUGGGCUUUUCUUAAAAUGAAUGUCUCCUUCUGUUUGAUCUGCACUCAGGCAUCUUGGAUUGGUUAAGUAUCUUGAACUUUCUUUUGCAUGUCUUUUAUUAAGCAUGAUGAACUCCUGAUAUUUUAGAGCAGACUAUGAUGUUUAUUUGGAUCAUAUAUUAUAAUUCCAGCUAAGUUCUGUAUGUUCUUUUAUUUUGUGUCGAGGAGGCAUCGUCGUCGUCCUGCUUUUACGACUGCCCGUCUUCGGCAUUCCUCGUUUUUAUGCUACUGCUACGUCUUCGUCAUUCAUUGCCUUUAUGACUCUACUACUGCAAAUGAUUUUGCUCUUCCUCACAUGCGCACACCAUCUUCAACAACUCUGUGAACGUCGUGUGAAGGAGGUAUCAUUCUGCUUUAACAACUGCCGCCAUCGGCAUUCCUGUUUCUGUUUCUACUGCAUCUUCAGCACUCCUCGCCUUUUUGUUUCUACUACUACACAUGGUUUUAUUCUUCGCAUGCUAGCACCAUGUUCGACGAGUUAAGAAUACCUUGUGUUACGGAGGCAUCCAUUCUGAUUUAAUGACUUCCUGCCUUCUGCAUUCCUUGUUUUUAUGGUCGACUGCAUCUUCGGCAUUCCCUGCCUUAUGGUUGUUCUACUACUACACUCAGUUUGGUUCUUUCUUUGCCAACCUGAGAAUAUCUUCUCAUGUCGAGGGGACAACAUUCUGCUUUGACGCUUGCCUGCCUUGGGGACUUCAUUUAGGGCACUUCUGCAUCUUCAGCAUUCCUUGCCUUUAUGGAUCUACAACUACACAUGGUCUCGUUCUUCAUGUGCGAACACCAUCUUCGACAACUGAGAAUCUGUGUUGAGGUGGUAUAACCAUGUCUCUAGCACUGUCUUUUGUGGUUCUAUUACAACACAUGGCUUUGCUCUUUGGUGUCCGAACACUAAUCUUCCACAAUUUGAGAAUAUCAUGUUCUAUAAUUUACACUAGUGUUGUAUUCUUCUACUGUUGAGCUGCAUUACAGAAGUCCUUUAUUGUUGUUGUAAAAGGUUUCAGGGGCUAUUUCGCCAUUA